AUGGUCGUGAUUGCUAACAGAACAAAACUGAUUGUAGGAAUUGACUAUGGGACUACGUACUCAGGCCUCAGUUUUGCUCUUUCCAAUGCGACCGACUUCAAAGACAUAUUUCCAUGGACCAAGUACCCAGGUUCAUCUUCGCAUGGCGCCGAGCACUCUGUGAAGGCACCGACAAGAGUCGCUUUCAUGGAUGAAAACCCGGAGCUGGAGGAUAACGCAUGGGGCUAUCAGGUGGAACCUGGCAUGAAAGCGUACGCCUGGACAAAGCUUCUUCUCGAUAAAUCCUCGUUGAUGUCUGAAUACGAUGAUCCUGAUCUGUAUUCAUCGAGCGGUACGGACGUUAUGCGGCUUCCCAGAUCAGCCAAGGAUGUUGCCACAGAGUACCUCAGAGGCAUGAAGGCUAUGUUCGACGAUGCCGUUAAAGAACACCUCGGUUCUCACAAGAUCGAAGAUCUUCCAAUUGAGUUUUGGCUUACAGUUCCAGCAUCCUGGAGCGAGAAGGCGAAGCUGCUCACAAAAUCGGCAGCAAGAGACGCAGGAUUCGCUACACGGCGCAUGGACACGAUUAUGCUGAUUUCUGAACCGGAGGCAGCAGCGCAGCUUGCAUUGAAGUCAAGUCUACAUCGCCUGGAAAGUUUUGUCAAGCCGGAUACUGGUGUAAUGGUUUGCGACUGCGGAGGAGGCACAGUGGAUAUUGCCACCUAUGAAGUGGAAGAGACUCGACCGACCUUGAAGCUCAGAGAAAUUGCCGUCGGCAUUACGGGUAAAUGUGGUGGAACGUUUGUGGAUAGGAACUUAUUCAGACUAAUGGCCUACCGCUUCGGUGAUGCUUUUACGUCACUUGGACCAGAAGAAAUCGGUCCCGGCAGUAGCUUCAUGGACCAGUUCGAGCUCAAAAAGAAAGAUUUCAGCAAGAAGACGCCAAGCAAACGAGCACAUCGUUUGAUGCUCCACAUGCCCUGCCUCAAACUCAGCCCAUCUAUAGAGAAGUACUAUGAGAGACGUUCUUCAUCUGUUCUUCUAACUCAAGAAGAUUACAAGAUGCUCUUUGAUCCAGUCAUCAAUAUGAUUAUUCAUCUCGUGGAAGAGCAAGUCAACCAAAUCAAGUUGAGAAAAGACCGGCCUGUUGAAACCAUUGUCUUAGUGGGCGGCUUUGGUUCUUCACCAUACUUGAAAGAACAACUGACGGAGUGGUCUCAAAAGAGAGGGAUAAGAGUCACAACCCCAAUCACAGGCGCGUGGUCUGCCGUAGUUUGCGGGGCGGUUUUGCGCGGAUUGGAAGGUUCUAUUGUGAGGCAAAAGAAGUGCCGAAGGCAUUAUGGUCACAAUAUGAGUGACGUCUACAUGCCAUCCAUCCAUGCACAUUUUGAUACACAAAAGAGAUGGGUAUGGAUGGAUCAUAUACGAAACAAGGAAUAUUUAACGGGAUUCAUGCAAUGGGAUGUCGGCAAGGGCGAAUUUAUCGAUUACGAAACGGAAAUCAACGCGGAUUUUUGCUCAUACUUCCAAGGUGAUAUUCCUAAAACGAAGAAUGAAAGAAUUGAAACGGUCGGCAAAGUCGUCGCUACGUUAGAUGGACUGAGCAAAGAGGAUCUGAAACACGUUAAAAAGCAUGAUGAUGAAGCUGGUCACUUGGCAUUUCGGAUCUUCUAUAAAGAUAAAGAAGUUGGAAAAGCGGCGAUCAACAUCGUUGAUGAGUAG